UGGGGACCGACGAUGACACCAGGAAUGGUGCAGACUGGAGAUCCCGAUAAAUCGUUCAGCAACGACACCUUUCACAGAAGUUUGUCUCCAGCGCAGCCAUUUUGUUGGAGACCGCCUCACCACAACUACCUCAAUAAAGACUACCUCUCAGGAAUCGGGGGGGAAAAUAAUUGGACCGACAUUCAGCCAGUCCCUCACCAUGACACUCAGCCAGUCUCUCACCAUGACACUCAGCCAGUCCCUCACCAUGACACUCAGCCAGUCCCUCACCCCUACAUUCAGCCAGUCCCUCACCAUGACACUCAGCCAGUCCCUUACCAUGACACUCAGCCAGUCCCUCACCCCUACAUUCAGCCAGUCCCUCACCAUGACACUCAGCCAGUCUCUCACCAUGACACUCAGCCAGUCCCUCACCGUGACACUCAGCCAGUCCCUCACCGUGACACUCAGCCAGUCCCUCACCAUGACACUCAGCCAGUCUCUCACCGUGACACUCAGCCAGUCUCUCACCGUGACACUCAGCCAGUCCCUCGCCGUGACACUCACCCGAACACUCACCCAGACAACAUGAUACUCACCCCAACACUCACAAUGACAAUCACUGUGACGUUCACCCACGACACUCACCCCCACACACCAACGCUCAGCCAGUCCCUCACCGUGACACUCAGCCAGUCCCUCACCGUAAAACUCAGCCAGUCCCUCACCCCGACAUUCAGCCAGUCCCUCACCGUGACACUCAGCCAGUCCCUCACCGUUACACUCAGCCAGUCCCUCACCGUGACACUCAGCCAGUCCCAUACCGUGACACUCAGCCAGUCCCUCACCGUGACACUCAGCCAGUCCCAUACCGUGACACUCAGCCAGUCCCUCACCGUGACACUCAGCCAGUCCCUCACCGUGACACUCAGCCAGUCCCAUACCGUGACACUCAGCCAGUCCCUCACCGUGACACUCAACCGAACACUGACCCAGACAACAUGAUACUCACCCCAACACUCACAAUGACAAUCACUGUGACGUUCACCCCGACAAUCACCCCCACACACCAAUGCUCAGCCAGUCCCUCACCAUGACAUUUAGCCAGUCCCUCACCAUGGCACUCAGCCAGUCCCUCACCGUGACACUCAGCCAGUCCCUCACCAUGACACUCAGCCAGUCCCUCACCGUGACACUCAGCCAGUCCCUCACCGUGACACUCAGCCAGUCCCUCACCGUGACACUCAGCCAGUCCCUCACCCCUACAUUCACCCCAACACUAAC